UAGUUGAAUGAGUGCAAAACGUUCCUCUUAACACUCGCUAAAUCUUUACCACAAAUGCCAUGUGCGGACUGUCGUUUUUCCAGUACUCGUACUUUGCGCCGGCAGAGUCUUAACCGCCUACAUCUUCCUAUCAGUCGGGCUUGCUCUGUGAAAUCGAUAUCGCUUGGAAAAGAGGACGAAAGCAAUCAAGAUGGAGGUUCUCUUAAUCCGGUUGGCUGUGGCCGUGCUGUUCUCAUCAGUGAUCUCUUUCGGGGCGCUCAGGCGGAAGUCUCUAGAUCUGUCAGGUGCUUUAUCAGGGUUUUUGGUGAUGGUGAUCCACAUCGCCAGCAGUUACAGGUUUGGGGCUCUCCUAUUGGUUUUCUUCUUAACUUCUUCUAAGCUCACCAAACUCGGAGAGGAAAAGAAGAGGGGCGUUGAUGAGGAGUUCAAGGAAGGAGGUCAGCGGAACUGGUUGCAGGUUCUGGCUAAUAGUGUACUGGCAACCAUUUUAGUUCUGCUAGUUGCUAUAAGUACUGGGGGCCAGGACAGGUGCUUGGACACAAAUGAUUCAACCUUUUUAACUUUUCUAAUUGGGGGCAUUAUUGGACACUAUGCUUGUUGCAAUGGGGACACCUGGUCUUCGGAGAUUGGGAUGCUUAGUAAUGCUCAACCUAGACUAAUAACAACCUUCAAGAAAGUUAGGAAGGGCACCAAUGGAGCAGUUUCUUUAGAAGGCCUUCUAGCAGCUGCAGCAGCUGGCUUUGUAAUAGGAUUGACUUUUAUUUUGGUUGGUUGGCUCACAGUUCCAUGUUCUGCUGAAAUUGCUUGGAGAGAGUUGUUUGUAAUUCCUAUUGCUACAAUUGCUGGGCUUUUUGGAAGCCUCAUUGAUUCUUUGUUGGGCGCAACGCUUCAAUUCAGUGGAUAUUGCACUCUUCGGAAGAAAGUGGUUGGGAGAAAAACACCAACUGUGAUCAGAAUUUCAGGAAUGGAACUUCUUGACAACAAUGCCGUGAAUGCAGUGUCCAUUUUAAUAACAACACUUCUUGUAGGUCUUGCAUGCGUAUGCACUUUUUGAUAAUAGCUGGGUAGCCGUUCCUUCAUCCCUUCUAUUUUCUUGGACAUCAAAAAGUGGCUAGCACGCUCUUUCCUUUCCCUUCUUUGUUCGAGGGUAUACCCAACACAAAGAAUACUAUUUUUUUGUAUGCUAUGAUUUUCAUGGUGUAUAAGUUAAGUCAUUUUACGAUUUGCAGAAUAGCAGAUUGUGUUAACUGUUUUUAUUAUUCUGAUGCAAUAAGCAAAUAUCUAUGCUAGUUUUAUUCCAAUCUAGCAUU